UUGAAGAUAAUUUGCGUAGGUGAUUACACAGGUGGUGUGAGAACCAGGGGAAUCUUUAUUAAGGAUUACUUGGGAAUUAAACCCACCGUAAGAUGUCAUCCUUUCACUUGCAUUGAUUUUUAUCUGAAGAAAGUUGAGUGGCAAAAGCUUGGACAUUCAAGUCGCAAUUCGAUUGUCGUACAACUAUGUGACAUCGCUGAAAUGGAACGCUUCUCCGCCAUGACCAAGGUCUUCUUUAAGCACAGUCAAGGAGCCAUGGUGUUUUGGGGACCUCACAACCCAUCGUCACUUGCUGGAGCAUUGCAAUGGCGGAGGAAGAUCAGGGAGGAUAUAUCGCUUCCGAUUCCUUGCGUUCUUGUCACAGACAAUGUGACAGACUCUUGCUCGAGUUCAAUAAACUGGAUUGGGCCGGGGAAGAUAUUUGAGAGCGAGCUAGCGCUGGAUCAGUUCUGUAAAGAUCACAACUUUGAAAAUCAUUUUGAGAUCACGGCACGCGAUUGGGUGUCCAGUGAAAAGAGUGUUUUUGGACAGGCUGUGAACUGUCUUCUUGACGGGAUUUUGCAGAGCGAAAAGAAAGAAGAACAGUCUUGCGUGUAACGCAAUUAUUCAGCGACUGAUGUCCUUCGCAGCCGAUGUUGGGUUUUGUCUCACAACGAACUCUCCGCGUUUCGUGUCGAGACUAAGUAACGGCUACGAAAGAGACUGUUAAUUAAACGUGUACCAGACUCAACUGCAAAGUUACGUGUUAAAUGACUAUGCAUCAAGAAUUGAGCAUAAGAAGUUUGUUUGUAGAUAUCGUUACAAUUUACUAAUUGGUGAUUUUACGCUAUUUUGUCACGUAACUCGCAAAUACCGGUUUCCUCGGAAUGUCACGCAACGUUUCUUCCAAAGAACGGUUUCCGGUAGGAGAUCAAGCUUGAACAUGUUCCAGGUGUUGUCACGCAACUUAGCAAAAUAAUUCUAAUUAUGUCGAACAAUGAAACGAGUCAAAUAAUCAAGACCAUUUGAAGUUAGAAUGCAUUGGAAAGGGGUGCUCAAAAUGAGCAACGGGAGAAAUUAAUAGCCGCGAGCGUUGAUUUCACAAUUUCGUAGAGUUUGCAAUAUAAUUUGCUCUAUGGGGAUUUACCGCUGCUUGAUUAGCAAGCCACUAGAUAGAGGAGCUGAGAAAAUAAAGAAUGGAAACAAAAACAGUCAUACUAGAGGAAUUUUUGUAGCCGUGCCGUAACAGGCGAUGUAUUCUGUAAAUUAACCCCUAUUCACUUCUCGAUCACUUUUACUCCCAGUUGGUAAUAAUCCCUACCCCCCUCUCCAACCCUUCCGACAAAACAAACAGAGGUAACCAGAGACGUUCAGGUUUCUAACUGCAACUUUCAUUGGAAUAUUUAGACUAUCCUCGCUCAUUCAUCCAAAAAACAAUGUUCUUUACCAUAAGCGAUCAAUCUUCAGCUGGUGUUCAAGGGGAAACCGCUCUAAGCUGAGUUACUUCUGUGAAGCCCUGAGAAAACACGGCGGUCUCAGAAUCGAAGAAACCGGAAGUGUCGUUUCUGAACUGUGAAUAUGCUGCAGUCAAACUCUCUGUCCAGUGUAGCUUCGAACUAUAAAUUGCCAGAGGAGGGCAACGAAAACUGUUUAAAGAGGCUGGGAAAAGAAAUCGGGAUGAAAACAUUUACAACGAACGAAGAAUUUUUAGAACGCGAAAUCGAAAGCGAUCGACUAGGAAACAAAAUCGUGAAAAUCCUAUGUAUCGGCGGAGUGGGAAAUAUGGGUGUUCUUAUCAAUGAUUACCUCCAAGUAACGCCUCCAGUUCGAGGACUUCGCCCCUCUGCUCUCUUCGUGGAUCAGUAUUUGAAGAGAAUGAAAUGGCUCAGAAAUGAAGUAGAGAAACCGAUCUUUAUCAACCUGUGAAUCUUGGAGAUAGGUGAACUAGGACGUGUAUCAAGCCUACGGAGGAUUCUCUUUAAGGACUACCAUGGAGCGCUGGUUUUCUGGGAAACACUAAGGCCUUCUUCGCUGAAUGAAGCUGUAAAAUGGAGGAAGAUGGUAAUGGAGGUUUGUCCGUCUGUUCCAUGUGUAUUUGUUACUGAUAACUUAGGAAAAGAGCUAUCACAAUGGAUUGGGGCUGGCAAGACAUUUGAAAGUGAACUGGCAUUGAAUCAGUUUUGCCACAAUCACGGCCUUGUGAGUCAUUUCGAGAUCGUUUCACGCGAUUGGGUGUCCGGUGAAAAGAGCGUUUUUGGACAAGCUGUGAACUGCCUUAUGAAGGAAAUCUUUCAGAGCGAGCAAACAGGGGAAGAGACCUCGAUGUAAUGCAACUGACCGUUUUAGUGUGAAAUGCGUACACCAUGAACCAUGAACCAUUAAUCAUCGUAAUGAGAUCACGCGAAUCAGAAUACAAUUCAAUUUUUUUUGCAAAUAAUAUUUAUUGCCAUGUCUGCCUUUUCAUCAGCUCGGUAUAGACUGAGGAUGUUCCCUGUCUUCCACUUUUUUGUCAUGCAGUACAAAAGCGGCCGUGGAAGGUACUGGGCUCCGAAAAGGUCACGCGUCUACCGGUAUAACUCGACUAAAGGAUGGCUUGAUAAACGAACGUGACAGUUUCCGGUCUAGCGAAAAAAACAAAAGGACUGUUAACAGCAUGUAGACAAAUGCGUCUGGCCGCUUUACCUGGCUUUUUGGAGAACCAGUUGUGAAUAAAUUCGCGUCAUUUGAAAAUCAUAACAAAUAAUGAUAGGAAGCAAGUGACGAAAUUUUGAACCGCGGGGAAAAGUUUAAAUCUUUAAAACUAAUAGGUGGGGUAAUGGGGAUGCUAUGGGACGGGAGAGAGCCGGACAGGGUUGACGCCUUUGUAAUGGUGACUUUCUGGGAGUGAAAAUUGUGUAGGGAAUAUUUAGGAGAUGGCCUGAGUAAGAAGCUUAGGGACAAUCAAAACAUUGGCAAAAAUAAUCCAGGAAUAAUUUAGUUAUUAAUUGAAUUAAUCGACCACUUAGAUUAAAAAUCUAGUGUUCGCUUCUCUGUUAAAUGAUCACCUUUCGUGGUACGGUACAGAGACAGGAGGCUGUACAUUAAACAAGAGGAAAAGAUUUGAAAAUAACAUCAACCCGGAUACAGAUUGCAUGCCAAACAGUGAGAGCUUAGAAAUUUGAUGGGUUUGACAUUCAACGAACGAAAGCGCAUUAGGCUAUCAGCAAAAAUGGAAACUACAACGCAGCGGGAGGGACAAAGUUCUUAAAACAGUUUUACGACUAACUUUGAUUUUUACUUUUAUUCUCCGCCUAUAAAUGUUAAAUUUCUUCCAAGUCUUCCAAUACCCCCUCCUCCCCCCCCCCCCCCCCCCCUCCCUCUUAAAACCACGGAACCAUCCCCACCUAUUCUCUUCAGGCGUCUUACUAAUGCGAGCUAACGUUAUAAGCUCGCGAUCGUUUAUCCUACCGGCCAUGUUUAAUUUGGAGUUAGAGUGGACAAUGGGGGUAAGAAGCGGGGGAGGGGCUCCCCUUCCCAGCUUAUUUCUGACCGACGACCGCCCCCUUGGUACAAAUUUCUUUCUCUCCUCAGCCUUCGGCUGCCAUUAAAAUUAAAGAUAUAGCGGCCAUAAUUUUCGAUAAGAAAAUACUGAAUACUCGCGCGGGAUCAGCGAUACCUUAAAAGGGAUCAGCGAUACCGUCUAACCGCUUGUGAGUUCUGCGAUUAUUUUCCUCUACUGGGUGCCAAUCCUUUCAUUCGUAUGCGAUAAGAAUCGAUAAUGACCUUCCAAAAGAGAUCAUAGACUGAAUCUCUUCCCAUCCAAGUGACCUUUCAUAGUAUCCCUUCUGCAACUCGGGUCAAGAAUGGGACGCCAUAGAGACACCACGAACAACAACCGCAGUAGAACUGGGUUGAAUGCGUGACAAGACAUUGAGAGUUAAAUUUAAAAAUCGAGUUUGUUUGGUCAUAAAUUGAAAGAGCGAGCCUGGAUAAGAUUAUAAGUUAAGGGAGAAAAAACUAAUCCAAAGAGAAAUAACAUUCAGUUCCAUAAUUACCCCAUCUCCACCCCUCUUCCGCGAUUAGCCAUCCAGAAACUAUCCCCACCUCUCCGCGGAUAUGGCUGCGAGGAGAAUGAAUCUCGCCCCAGGUCUAAUCGCGUCACCUUACCAAACAUGACUAUGGCGUUACACAACUAUUUCCUUAUGAGUGGGAUGCUACUGCCUACUGAAAGCCAAGACAGACAAUCAUUCCGUUGUUAGGCGUUUAAAAUCCUAGUGGCGUCGUCAGAGAUCAAAGAGAACAAGCAUAGCAACCGAAAAGAGACCCUCAGAAAGCCAUAAAGAUAUCCAAGUACAGCUGUACGAAACCGGAAGUUUUCUUCCUCACUCUUUCGGUGUUGACAUUGAACUAAGAUUUUUCUAUACAAUGGCAUCCAACUAUGAAUUGCCCGACGAGGUCAAUGACACCCGAUUGGAGAAUCUAGGAAAGGAAGUAGAAAUGGAAACGUUUAACUCGAACGUCGAACUAGAAAAACUUACGAUCGAAAGCGAUCGCCAGGGAGAAGAACUACUCGUAAAAAUCGUAUGUGUCGGUGGCUUCACUGGUGGAGUGGGUACCAAAGGCGUCUUCAUAGAUGAUUACCUCGAAGUGUGGCCUCCUGUGCAAACGUAUCGUUCUCCACUAAUCGGAGUAAAAUUUUAUUUGAAAACAAUCAGAUGGCAACGAGGCGACACAGAGAAACCGAUUUCUAUCAAACUACAACUCUGGGAAAUUGCCGAACAGGAACGCUUUUCGAACAUGUUAAAAAUUUACUUCAGGGACUGUCUCGGAGCACUAGUUUUCUGGGGAACACAAAGGCCGUCGACGCUGAAUGAAGCUGUAUUGUGGAGAGAAAAGGUCAAAGAAUUUUGCCCAUGUGCGCCAUGUGUCCUUGUCACUGACAACGUAGGAAAGGAGCCACUAAAAUGGAUUGGGGGUGGGGAAACAUUUAAGAGCGAAAUUGCGUUCGAUCGGUUCUGUGAGGAGCACGGAUUUGUAGAUCAUUUUGAGAUCAAGGCACGUGAUUGGGAAUCAGGGGAGAAGAGCAUUUUUGGACGAGCUGUGACGCGUCUUCUCGAUGAAAUUUUUAAAAAUCAGUGA